GGGGCUCGGGGGCUCGGGGUCCUUCCACGGUGAGACGCGCGGCCUUUGAUCUCGUCCCUUCGCUACCAGCGUGCGCUGCAUGAGCUGGGGGCGGGCGCCCGUCCUCCUGCUCGGCGGAGGGGCCACGCUGCUCUUGUCGUUUCUUUGGAUGCCUGCGCUGCUGCCGGUGGCUUGCCGCCUUCUGGUGCUGCCCCGAGCCCUGCUGUCCAUGGCUUCCGGAAGCCCUCCGUCCCAGCCUUCUCCGGCCGCGGGCUCCGGCUACGUUCCAGGAUCAGUCUCUGCAGCGUUUGUCACUUGUCCCAACGAAAAAGUGGCCAAGGAGAUCGCCAGGGCAGUGGUGGAGAAGCGCCUGGCAGCCUGCGUCAACCUCAUCCCGCAGAUCACAUCCAUCUAUGAAUGGAAAGGAAAGAUCGAGGAAGACCGCGAGGUGCUGAUGAUGAUUAAAACCCAGAGCUCCCUGGUCCCUGCUCUGACGGACUUUGUUCGAUCUGUGCACCCUUACGAGGUUGCUGAGGUGAUUGCCCUGCCUGUGCAGCAGGGGAACGCCCCGUAUCUGCACUGGGUGCACCAGGUCACAGAAUCAGUUUCAGAUUCCGGCCCGGCCCUACCGUGAUGAGCCCUGUCCCUGCCCAGGCCCCUCCUCGGCUUAACAUCUGGGUUCCAGGUGAUGACGACUGAGCCCCCAAUAAAUCCUCUCCUGUUCUGCCACUGCCUCUUCCUCGUGUGU